GAUCAGCUGUGUCCAAUCACAGCUGAUCACAUGUAAAUAGGGAAAUGCCGGUUAUCGGCAUUUCUCUCCUCACCAGCUGUCAUGUGACAGCUGGAGAGGAGAGCCGGUAAUCAGUAUUCCUCGGAGGGGACAUCAGUGCCACCUGUCAGUGCUCAUCAAUGCCAGCUGUCAGUGCCACAUCAAUGCCACAUAUCAGUGCCUACCAGUGCACAUCAAUGCCACAUAUCAGUGCCCAUCUGAGCUGCCUUUCAGUGUCACCUAUCAGUGCCAGUCAGUGCCACCUAUCAAUGCCAGUCAGUGCUACC